AUGACUUCCACAAAAGAGGUCCUGCGACAAAGUCUGACGAUGGUCCAUGGCUGUCCCAUGGUCAGUGCUUUCGCUAACAACUGGGAAAGGAUUGAACAGUUCCGUAGCAGGCCAGAUGACAUUGUGAUAGCCACUUACCCUAAAGCAGGUACCACUUGGGUUAGUGAAAUUGUGGACAUGGUUCUAAAUGAUGGAGAUGUUGAAAAAUGUAAGCGUGAUUUUAUUAAUGUCAAAGUUCCAAUGUUGGAAAUGGCUGUUCCUGGACUAAGAACAUCAGGAAUAGAACAAUUAGAGAAGAAUCCAUCCCCCCGGCUUGUGAAGACACAUCUACCUGUUGAUCUUCUUCCGAAGUCUUUCUGGGAGAACAACUGCAAGAUGAUUUAUAUGGCUCGAAAUGCCAAGGAUGUUGCAGUCUCAUUUUACCAUUUUGACUUAAUGAAUAAUUUAGAACCUUUUCCUGGCACCUGGGAGGAAUAUCUGGAGAAAUUCAUGACUGGAAAUGUGUCCUACGGUUCCUGGUUUAAUCAUGUUAAGAACUGGUGGGAGAAAAAAGAAGAACACCCAAUACUUUUCUUAUAUUAUGAAGAUAUGAAAGAGAAUCCAAAGGAGGAAAUCAAGAAGAUUAUGAAAUUUCUAGAGAAGAAUCUGAAUGAGGACAUUUUGCAUAAGAUCAUCCAUCACACCUCAUUUGAAAUGAUGAAGGACAAUCCUCUGGUGAACUACACACAUCUGCCAACUGAAGUCAUGGAUCACAGCAAAUCGCCUUUUAUGCGCAAAGGAAUUGUUGGUGAUUGGAAGAAUCACUUCACAGUGGCCCAAAACGAGAAAUUUGAUGUCAUCUAUAAGAAGGAAAUGUCUGGAACUGCACUUCAAUUUCGCACAUAGACUUAAAAAGCCUAUCUGGAGGAAAAAAGAGAUGACUUGUAGUUGGUUCAAAUAAGGGGCGUCAUGGCUUAAUUUAGGUAAUCAAAUUAUUUAUAAAGGAGGAAAAUGUAUUUUUAUAACUUUGAUUUUUCAGUACCAUUCAUUAGGUCUCAGUGUUUGUUCCUCUGACUUUUGAAUUUCCAAAUUUCCUGAAUCUAAAAUUCAUGGUAACCUUUUCAUGGGCUAUUCUUGCCUUUUCCUGGACUAGAACUGACAAGAGAGAAAACACUUAGCCUAUUUAAUCUGUCAUAUCCUAUAACUUAGAAUAAAAUUCUUCUUAUUAUUAAUGUGGACCGAAAACAUGCUGUUCAUACACUGACACUUAGUUCCUAGCCCUGUCCCUAUUUCCCUUUGCUGAUGAUUUGACCCAGGACGCUGUGCUCCAAAAUCUCCACUGGGUUUCAAGCUGUUCCCUGAGUCAUAGCUCAUUGUUCUGUAGGGCCUCUAUUGGGAUAACAGAGUUCAUGUCCCAGAUCAUGUAGUGACUCAGAUUUUGGAAAUGUUUCUAUACAUACUGAAUUUCCAAGUUUCUAAGGGGCAAAGACCUCAAUUAGUCUCUUCAGGAUUCUUCCCUGGGAACUGGAGCUUUGCUUUGAGAACCUCAUCUGAGGACUGGGAUCUACUUCCUAUGGGGAGGAAGUAAGUCCCAACAGCCCUUUCUGAACUUCUGAGAUUCACUUAUUGUCAUGCUCUGGCCACCCUUUGGGAACUUCAGCUACUUUGCCCAGUGUCUAAACAGAUUUUGAUCCCUUAAUAGCACCUCCAUACCGCAGAUAAGAUUGUGCCUGCUACUGAAAAUAACCCAAUCUGGUUCCUGAGAGACAUUCUCUGGCUGAAUUUCCACUCUGUCCUCCUGACUCAAUGUCUCUUCACACUUAGGCCUAUCUGCUUG